AUGGUUUUUUUGUUCUCAAGGACAGUUCUGAAACCAAAAAUCAUCACAAAAUAUCCGUCGAGAAACUAUCAUCACUUUUUUUCCAGAAAUCCCGCUACCGGCCCGUGCACAUUAAACAACGACGGAUUAAAGUGCAAUGAGAAUGGAUACUACGAAACAGUGCAAUGCAACAAAGAAUCAUGUUAUUGUGUGACUCCACAUACCGCUCUGGUUGCCUAUGACACAAGAACGAACAACCCAAAAACAGCGCCAAAGUGUGGAACCUGCCUUACCUACCUCCAAAAACUAUUCGCUAAUGGAGAUCCACCAGAAAAUAGCUUCGUGCCAAAAUGUGACGUAGGCAAAGGGGACUUUGAGCCAGUGCAAUGUGACAGUGCAAAGAAUCAAUGUUACUGUGUGGACACCAAUACGGGAAGAGAGGUACCAGGGUCCAGGAAGCCAUUGAGCAAUACUACAAAGAUGAAUUGCAUGAAAAUUGACUUCUCAAUCGACUCAUUUGUUGACUUCCCCAAAUUCGAAAAAUCCGACGCUAUAAAACCAAAAACCGACCAACCAAUCGGAAAGCCAUGGUGUGCAAGCAACAGAGACGCUGGUCACACUUGCAGUCAGAACAAGACCACCAUCCGCUACUGGUUCGAUGUCGAGACAUUCCUCUGCUACCCAUUCGAAUAUAAGGGAUGUGGAGGGAAUCAGAAUAACUAUAGAACAAGUAGCGAGUGCUCGUUUGAUUGUGUCCUGCAAGACUACUUCUCAUGUGCCAUGCAAUCGCAGCCAGCCAGAAAAUCGAAUGGUCAAUGGUAUACAUGUGGAGAUGGAGGGGCUCCACCACUACCACUAGGUAUGACCACUACUACGACACCUGGACCGAAACUUACUUCUGAUGGAUGUCCCAAAGGAUACUCCUGCAUGAUGGGCGCCUUUUUUGGAAUGUGUUGUGAGGAGAAUCUUACGAACCGAUACUAUGAAGCAUUCAAACCAAAAUGCAAAAACAACAAGAAUGUAUUGGAGACAAAACAUGACGAGUACUCGAGUGCUAUGAUCGGAAAGUCGUGCUCCGAUAAAUUCUGCCCGAGUAGUCAUACUUGUGAACGGAACGAAUUUUUCGCGUUUUGUUGUCCGAAGUGA